AUGGGCAAACAGUUUGACGGGUUUGAGCCGAAUCUGAAUUUUCGACGUUUUCACUCGGGUUCAAGGCUUCAAGUGACACAUCAUCUCCUAAGCUUGCAAAGACACAGCGAGAUUACGUGUCGUACGAAAUCCCUCGACAACGUCAUCCACAAUCCAUUUCCUGGAGUUUUCGGGGAUAUUGUUCCUUGUACUUAUCACCGUCACUUAAUGGCCGAUCUUGCACCCCCGAAAGGUGGACUUCCUCCUCCACCUGCCAGCCUUCAUUCCUCAAACCAGCCAGGCACACCUGACAGUCAGUUGGGGAAGAUGACAGAGAGCAUUGACAAGGGUGCAAUAUGGGUUGCACAUAUAAAGACCCUCUCUGAGGCUAUAAUCGCUCACUCCGAAUACUUGGAUUCUUGGAGACACCAUCGCAAAUAUACACACCUCACGAUGUUAUGGCGAUUUUCAGACAUCUCGGAUGAGGACAAAACUUGUGUCACCAUGCAGGUUAACCACUUUGCAAAACAGAGUGAAGAGAAGAAGACUCAGCUCAGUGCUGCCCUCUCCCAUUUAACUGAAUUGGAUUAUUGGCCAUUAUUCCCUAGUAAAAUGAAGACUACUGCUACUGAGCUGAAGAGCAAUAUUACUGAAUUGUAUACUGCUCUUCAGAAGUUACAGGCCUCAUCUCUGACAGUUCAGCAGGUGACCCAGAGCCAGCUGAAGAGUCCCGAAGUGUUGAUUAAACAACUUCAGUCAUUGGAGACCUCGUUAGCAGGGCUCAAGAAUAGGAUGGAUGAUCAGUUCUUGACUCUCAAGGUUCGGGAGUUGGAACAGAAGCUUGAAGUCACUGGCAAAAAAGUGGAAGAGAUAAGAAGGGAAGUUGCUGAAGUUAUCGCAGGAUGGAGUGUAAUGGCUGCUGAGAAUGCAGAAUUGCGACAUGGGAAUGUGCAACUAAAGAAUGAGAUUGCAGUUUUGGUCAGGCAACAACAAAAACACCAAGAAGCAAUAACUGCUAGCAGGCAGGAGAUCAUUUCCUUGCAUGAAGCCGUCAAAGCCGCUUUGAUGCAGCCACAUGGCCUGUCUUCAACCAUUUUAGUGCCUCCCUUUGAAUUGGAUACAGCAUCACUAGUGGAAGCUGUCAAACCAGUUAUUCUACAGUCUCUUCAUGAAGACAUUUGGCUACUUCUGGAAGAUGCAAAGAAUAAUAUGCAGAAUUUGUUACAAGAACAAAAUUCCCAGAUGUAUGUGACGGUCCUGUCUAAGAUGGCAACCACAGUCAAAAUAGUUGAGUUUUUGGCCACUUGGAUGGAUCAUCUUCCUAGACAGGUAAAAUAG